AUGGCAAAAUUCUUUUCUUUGCUACUAAAAAUAUUGUAUUUUCAAUCCAAAGCUUCAGCGCUGAUAUCUGAUAAUGUCUUGAUGAAGCGACUGGCUGAGGAGAAGUUCGAUGUUGGCAUUGCUGAACCUAUUUCUAUCUGUGGUCUAGGAAUAUUCGAAGCUGUGAAAAUUCCCUCUUCCAUUGCAGCAUUUUCUGGUGUUCACGUAGAGAUCGUUUCGAAGAACAUUGGAGAGCCUAUAAAUCCAAGCUAUGUUCCUGGUGAGCGACACAAGUGA